AGUUUUUUUUUUUUAAUUUGCAUGGACGUCAAUUAAACUUUAACUUAACAAGGCACUAGAGGUGGCAGUAUAGAGAUUUCAAGCGACGAAUCAAUUUUUAUAUUCCAACAAAGUGCACGCGCUUCCAACCAGAGAAAGCGCGUUUGCAUCUGUAACCUUUUUGGCCGUUCCAUUACGUUAUUAUACAACAGCUGCGACCUUAGCGGGCAAGCGUGCGCGUGAAAAACAGUUUGUGCAACAUCUUUCAGACACACAAACACGUGCACUCCACUAAAUUUGUGAAUUAAAAUCCAAAACACUUGCCAAGUUGCGACUUCUUAAGCCCUAAUUUAAAAGCGUGCUGCAAGUGCGCGCCAAAAAAAAACAACGCAUUCGUGCGCAACAGCCACCAUUGAACGACCCACAACAACAACCCACCCACAUCCACAACAUUAUCAACCACACCAGCACUCGCACCACCAGACCCGGCACACACUCACCUUCACCCACAGCAACAACCCCUUCACCACCAACAUGUCACUGCAAACUAAGCGUCAACACUGUUAUCUGUGCGAUCUUCCCCGCAUGCCUUGGGCCAUGAUCAAUGACUUCUCCGAGUCCGUUUGCCGCGGCUGCGUCAACUAUGAGGGCGCCGACCGCAUUGAGCUUGUCUUAGAUGCCGCGCGUCAAAUGAAACGUUUACAUCAGGCCGCCAAGCGUAGUCACGAGAAUGGAGAGGUGGUCGCACAACAACAACAGCAGGCACAACAGCAACAACAAGCCGCCGUUGCAGCAGCACAAGCGCAACAUCGCAGCGCAAGCGGUGCGCCUAUUAGUGUGGGCGUCGGUGUUGGGGUUGUCGGUCCACAACAGCAGCAGCAACAUCAUCAUGGCUAUGCGACACAACGCAUCGGUCCACCGCCACCACAAGCUACCGGUCUUAUGGAUUUCCCAGUGAAAAUGGAGGCGCACGACGCUAAUGUACGUCCAGUGCGGAUCUCACAUAUGGCACCGCAUCAUAUGUCAAUGACAAAUCGUGCUGUUGCUGCUGCGGCGGCAGCUGCAGUCGCCUCCAACGUGGGUGUAGUGGGUCCAGUGCCACCAGCGUUAUCGGUGAACUUGAAGCGUCCCCCCUCCGAGGAUGAUGAUCAUACGCAUGGUGGUGAUGGUGGGGGCGGCGGCGGUGGUGGUGGUAUUGCUGGUGGCGGACCGAGUGCCAUGAAGCGUAGCGCCAUUGAUGAUCCCAAUGUACCGCGACCACCGCUAACACGUGGCGAAUCAUUGCCGGCUGCUGUUUCCUUUGUACCCGAUCGACAAGCAGGUUUGCGAGAUAAGCAUCAACCAGUACGGGCACCAUCAUUUGAUGCAUCCUCCUUCAAGCCGGGUGCCGGUUCAUCGUCCGGACGGCGUUCUUCUGGAUCGCGUCACGUUUCGAGCACUACAGUCACCAGCUCAGAAGUGCAGUCAAGUCCAGCGAAUACACAACAAGUUGGUCCGGGUAGUGGCGGCAAUGUUGGUGGAGGCGGCGGCGGCAAUGGCAGCAGCACAGGUGGAGUUAGUGUGAGUAGCGGUGGUGGCGGCAAUGUUGGGGGAAAUAAUGGUCCACUACCACCUGGCGGCAAUGGCGCCGAUGCAAGCAACAACGGCGGCGGUCCGAGCGGAAAUAACAGCAAUGGUCAAGCACCGAGCGGCAUGAAUUCAGCAAACGCAGCAGCAGUUGGUGGUACGUCAGCGUCGAAUGCGGCAGCAGCUGCACAAAAUGCCACACUAAAGUGCACGUUGUGCCAGGAACGGCUGGAAGAUACACACUUUGUGCAGUGUCCGUCGGUUAAUCAUCAUAAAUUCUGUUUUCCUUGCAGUAGAGAGAGCAUCAAGCGGCAAAAUGGUCUCGGCAACGAGGUAUACUGUCCCAGUGGAGACCGCUGCCCAUUAGCAAAUUCGACAAUUCCGUGGGCCUUUAUGCAAGGCGAAAUUACCACCAUACUGGGUGAGGAGGUAAAGGUGAAGAAGGAGCGUGAAUCUUAAUGUCCAUUUUAUUGUAAAAAGCUGCGACGGGCUUUGGAGAAUUUUUAAACAAAAAAAUUAACUGGAAGAAAAAAGGUUUUUUGAGUCAAAACUAGUUGUAUUGAAAUUUUAUGAACAGUUGAAAACUCACAAAGUAAAGCUUGAGAAUGAAGCAAAAGUACAGAAAUAAGCAUAAGUAGAAGUUUAAUAGUUGCGCAGCAGUUUUUCGAGACGGUCAAAUAAAGGUCGAAAGAACAAUCCCAGUUAGAGCAGCCAUAAUUAUGGUCAGUAAAAUAAUACAUACGGAUUCAAAAGCGCCAGUAGAAUGAAUUUAACGAUAAGAAAUGCUUGGCUAAGAGUUUUUAGCAAAAUUUUUGGUGAAGAGAAAAAAAUAAGUCGAGUGGAUGUGUAAUUUAACAGUUUGAUGAAUGGAAACGCUUCAAACUGGCUUUAAAUUGGAAACUUUUAACUGGCUGCUUAGCAUUUUGGACGCAACCACAUCUGUGUGGUGAUGAAAAAGUUGUGAGGGAACUGUUUAUGCGGCGGGGCAUAGGUACAGUUCGAGCCACUUUGAGAGCCCUGCUUUUGUGCUGGCCCUGCAGCAGGCAGGAGCGUAGGUUUUGAACUUUCUUGGUAGUUGCUGUGAUGCAACAAUAUUAAAAAAUAUAUAAAAACAAUAUAAACAAAAAAAAAUAUUGCAAAUUUUCGUGUUAAACAAGGGCAAUCUAAACAAGCUAAAAAUUUGGCAAAAUUAACGAAAGCAGUUUAAGAAGAAACAGGUUGACAUUUUUGUGUGCUCACUAGAGCCGAAAUCCCAGUGCAACACCAGGACACUUAAAAAAAAAAACUAAAAAAAAAAAAAUUUAAUGAAGUUUGUGCUUAUUAGAGUUCUGUUUUAAUUUAUUAUUUCCGUAGUAAAAUUGAAAUUGUUAAGUUUUUCGAAAUUCACGAUUUAAAUUUUUCAGGCGCUCGAAUCAGUUCUUUUGCAAAACGAAAACGCUGCUAGGUUUUGAAAACAUCUUUCAAGUAUAUAGUUAAUUGGAGUAAUGUUUUAAAAAUGUCUUUAAAAGCUUUUUAAAUGAAAAGUUAAUCUAACUUACCCGAUUAAAAGGAUAAAUAAAAAAUUCUAUUUAAAAAAAAUAAGUUAAGUAUUAAGUGUAAAUAUGCCUAAUUUGUAAGAUAACAAAAACUUUUCCUUAAAAGUUGUAUUUGUAGUAACUACAAACCAAUGCAAUUAUAUUUGACUUUUUAUGUGUUUUAGUUGUAGCGUGCUUAUUACAAUGACAAAAAACACAUUUAUGAUUUAUGCUUACAAGAAAAAUAAUAAUUUAAAUAUUAGUUGUAAAUUAAUAUUAGCUUGAGUUAUAACUUAGUUUGAAACUAUACAAACAAAAAAUAUAAGAAAUAUUUUUAGCAAUUAUAUUUGCCAGCUAUUUCGGCAUUUAUGUUACGCAUUGUUGUAUUUGUAAUUGUAAUUUGUAUGUAGUCAUUUAAAUAUGUGUAGUUUGGCAUCAAAAAAACAAAAAUAAAUGAAAAAAAUAAAUAAAACAUAAAAAAAAAUUACAAAAAAUUACUAACGUUUGGCGAGACCAACAAAAUGUUAGCAGUGAUUGUUGUCGAACGUUUACAACAUCAUAACAGAUUUGUCGUCUUGCAUGCAUUUCACCGCAUGUACGCAUACAAAAAAAAA